UCGCUGGUGGAAGCGCUGGCCUGGCAUGCUGCUCUGUCACUGCUGAGGCGAGGCGUGGAGUCGAGUCGUCAGGUGACGGUGCGUGGCGUCAGCCAUCUUGUGUUGUUGGGCUUGUGGAUUCGCUUCGGGUGAGAAGCUGUGAGAGAUUUUCAUUCUCCUGUAAAAACAAAGGAAACAAAAAGCAUUAUGACAGCUGAGACUCAGACCCUGACUUUUGGCCCUGAGUGGCUUAGGGCUUUGUCCAGUGGGGGCUCUGUUAUAUCCCCACCCCUCUCCCCAGCAUUGCCAAAGUAUAAACUUGCAGACUAUCGGUACGGCCGAGAAGAGAUGCUAGCACUUUAUAUAAAGGACAAUAAGGUUCCUUCAGAUCUUCUGGACAAAGAGUUUCUGCCUAUUUUGAAAGAGGAGCCCCUACUACCUUUGGCACUUGUUCCGUUUACUGAAGAAGAGCAGAGAAAUUUCUCCAUGUCUGUUAACAGUGCUGCUGUGCUGCGCCUUAUGGGGAGGGGCACUGGUGGAGGAGGGGGAACAGUAGUAGGGGCUCCUAGAGGUCGUAGUUCCUCCAGAGGUCGAGGCAGAGGAAGAGGGGAGAGUGGUUUUUACCAAAGAAGCUUUGAUGAAGUAGAGAGCGGCUUUGGUCGAGGAGCACGUGAAAUGCAUAGGUCACAGAGUUGGGAAGAAAGAGGUGAUCGUCGGUUUGAAAAACCUGCACGAAAAGAACCAGUUCGGCCUCCAUUUGAAGAGGGCAUCGCAGCACCUGCUGGUAGAAAGCAUGAGUUUGUCCGCUCGGAGACUGGGAACUGGCGGAGCCUGAGAGAGGAGUUAAAUGGGGAGGAAGAGGAAGGUGGAGGUGUCUGGAGAACUGCAGCACCUAGAAGAGAUGGGGAAAAAUGGCGCGCUCAUAGUCCAGAUGGCGCUCGAGGUCCAGGCUGGAGAGAGCAUCCAGACCGCCGCAGGCGUUUUGACUUUGAUUUUCGAGAACGUGAUGAUGAGCGAGGCCAUCGCAGAACUCGUAGUGGCUCAGGAAGUGCAGAAGAUGAGCGAGAUUGUUUGCCAGAAUGGUGCCUGGAGGAUGCAGAAGAUGAAACGGGCACUUUUGAUUCCUCAGGCGCAUUCCUACCUUCCAAGAAGGUACAAAAGGAAUCCAUUCCCGAGGAGCAGGAGCUGGACUUCCGUCCUUCUUUGGAUGGGCAAGAGCAUUUAGAUUCUGAUGGAAGCAACUUUGAAGAUGCCAAAGAGAUAGAAGUGGUUCAGGUACCAGAGCAGUCAAGUGAGACAAACAAAAAUGACAGCUUUGGAGAAGGACAAGUGACCAACCCUUCAGAAAUGGAGCACAGGACCCCAUCCCCGGCAAAGAAAACCGAAACUAAAGCAGAUUCUCCUGUCCAGAAGAGUACAACUCCCCCCAUGGCCAGUAACAUUGGGCAGGAAACAAAAUUGCAUACUAACCUUUCAGCCCCAGCUCCACCUACACAUAAGGAGGAAUCUGUGUCUCCUGGUUCCAGAAGUUCACUUGAGUCAACAGCUCCUUCAAUAUCUCACUCCCCUUCUCCUGCAUUUAGCCAAAGCUCUGCGCCUCAGCAAGUCAAAGAUCCUCAGCAAGGACCAGCUGUUCAUUCUCCGCUUAUUAAGUCUGAAAUCUCCUCAGGGCCUUCUCCUCCCUCGGUCUGUGCUGCACCAGGUAUGGGCACACUCAUAUCUGAACCUGAUGAAGACGAUGGACUGGAACACCUAGAGCAGCAAGCACAACAGAUGGUGGCGUACCUGCAGGACGGGGCGCUAGAUGAUGAGAGAUUAACAGGAAAAGCACCAGAUCACCGAGUAAAAGGGCAUUCUCCAGAAAACCAGCAGAAAUGGUACUACAAAGAUCCACAGGGAGAGAUCCAGGGUCCCUUCAGUAAUCGAGAGAUGGCAGAAUGGUAUCAAGCCGGCUACUUUCCCAUGACGUUGUUGUUAAGGAGAGUAUGUGAUGAAACUUUUCAGCCUCUUGGAGACCUCAUUAAGUUAUGGGGUAGAGUUCCUUUUAUCACACCUCCAGCUCCAAGACUAGGUGAAUUGGGUCCAGAACAUAUAGGUCGGCACCAGGAGAUGACUGCACUAUACCAGUUACAGCAGUUGCAUUAUCAACAAUUUCUUAUUCAACAGCAAUACACCCAAGUCAUGGCACAGCAGCAGAAAGCAGCACUCUCUUCACAGCAGCAACAGCAGCUGGCGCUUCUAUUACAGCAGUUUCAGACUCUAAAAAUGAGGAUAUCCGAACAGCCUGUUGUUCCAACGUUACCCAGGGCAAUGUCUGUUCCAGAUAAUACUUCAUUGUGGGAGCUUCAAACAGCUGCCCCUCCACCCUCAUUGUGGGAAGGAAGCAGUGUGUGGGACCUACCCAUAGAGUCAGUAUCUCAGGGAGCGACCAGAGAGCAGCUGGAGAAGGCUAAAGCAGCCAAGAUUGAACAGGAAAGAAGGGAAGCAGAGUUGAGGGCAAAGCAAGAAGAGGAAGAACAGCGCAGGCGCCUUGAAGAGGAGGAGAGAAAACGAAAAGAAGAGCUAGAAUUGGCCCGACGCAAGCAGGAGGAAGCCCUGCGUCGCCAGAGAGAACAGGAGCUGGCACUUAGGAGGCAAAUUGAGGAAGAAGAGAGAAAAAGGGAGGACGAACGAAGGCUCCUGGAAGAAAGGAGGCGGCAGGAAGAGGAGCGGAGAAGACAAGAAGAGGAGAAGAGGAGACUUGAGGAAGAGAGAAAGAGGUUAGAAGAAGAAAGAAAGAGAAAAGAGGAAGAAAAGAAACGGGAAGAAGAGGAGAAAAGAAAAAGGGAGGAAUUACGGAAGCAGGAGGAAGCUGCAAAAUGGGCACGGGAAGAGGAGGAGGCUGCAAGGCGACUUAUGGAAGAAACACGCUUACGACAGGAAGAGGAGGAACUCAAGAAGCGAGAAGAGGCUCAGAGACAAAAAGAACUUCAGAGACAAAGGCAGCAACAACAGGAGGCUUUAAGGCGCCUGCAACAACUGCAGCAGCAACAACAACUUGCACAGAUGAAGUUACCAUCUUCAUCCACAUGGGGGCAGCAGGUGAAUUCGGGAGGAGCAUCUCAAUCUACAUUAUCUUUGGCAGAGAUACAGAAACUUGAGGAGGAAAGAGAGAGACAAAAUCAAGAAGAGCAAAGGCGACAGCAUCAAGAGCUGAAGUCUGUGCAGAAGCAGCAGCAGCAACAGCAGCAGCAGCAGCAAAAAACUCCUGGUUGGGGCAAUGUCGUCAAACCGACGGUCAACACAAAAUCUCUCCUUGAGAUUCAGCAGGAAGAAGCCAGGCAAAUGCAAAAUAUGCAUCAGCAGGCUGGCCGUGGCAGGCCAGCAAAUGUCACCUUACCACCUGCACCCACUCCUGUUCCAAACCCAGUCAAUAGCGUUAGCAGCUCUGGGAACUCUGUGUGGGGCAACCUGAACAACAACAUGAGCCCUCAGUGGUCGCCUGACUCUGUAAGCAGCAUCUGGAGUAGCCCAGGAAACAAGACGUCUACUGGAUUCUGGGACGAUGCUGUAAAAGUGGUCGCUCCCCGAAACGCUGUUAAUAAGAACAAGAGCAACUCUAGCAAAUCAUCAGGUGUGAAUAGCCGGCAGAGUAAGAAGGUUGAGCAAGAGGAGAAGCUGGUUAGACUAUUUCAAGGAGCUGCGAAGUGCGCUGACAGCUUUACCCAGUGGUGUGAGCAGACACUGCAUGCACUAAGCACUGCUCAUAGCCUGGAUGUGCCCACGUUUGUGUCAUUCCUGCGUGAGGUGGAAUCUCCUUAUGAAGUCCAUGAUUAUGUCCGAGCAUAUCUUGGGGACACUUCUGAAGCUAAAGAUUUCUCCAAGCAAUUUCUGGAGCGUCGGAAUAAACAAACUGUCCCACAGAAACCUCAACAGGAUUCUGCGUGGCCUGUGUUUCAAACCAGUCCAAACAAUUUACAACAGACAACACUAGAAACUGCACAAAGCGCUGGACGCAAGAAAAAGAAACAGAAGAUGGUUCGUGCAGAUCCAAGUCUGCUAGGAUUUUCUGUUAAUGCUUCCUCUGAGAGGUUGAACAUGGGAGAAAUAGAGACUUUAGAAGAUUACUGAUUAUUAUGGUGGGGUAGGGGUUAUCUGUCCCCCUCCCCUACCUCUGCUUCAAUGGGAGGGGGAAGCCGAACAUAUGACUCCACCCUACCCCCAGCACACACUCCGUGCCCUGCUGGGAUGAUCACAGGGAACCCUCCCUCCGUGCUUCAAGAUCAGGACGAUUCAAGGACAACUACCCCACUACUAUCCAAGAUAUUUAUGGGCAUUGUGGAGAGGGCACUCUGGGGGUUAGAGAGUGGGUUGUGGGGAAAUAUUUUUUUUCCAUCACAGUACUGUCUGGUCUCGUUUCAGAGGCUUGCACAGUCUGUUACUUUUUCCACCGUUAUUAGGUGGAGGGAGGAGGCUUUUGGGUUGGACUUUGCACCUCCCCUCACUGGCAUCUUGGGGUUUAGCACCCUGGAUUUCAGUGCAAGGGCAACGUAAGAGUGUGUGGACACUGAAUAGGAAUCCUUUGCACUACUGGAGUGUGUCACACUGCAAAGGUAAUAACCAUGGGUUCACUCUUCCAUCUCAUGUCCACUUCGCACACCAUAUCACAAGUACCUUAAAUGAGUGAAUCUUGUGUUUUUGCAGGUGGGAGCAGCGUUUCUUAACACUAUUGUGAAAAGCAUAGUCAUCUUCCACCAUUUGCUGCAAAAUAGAUGCACACUGUUUGGUGCUGUUGGGUUAUUGCAUACCUGCUCCUCCUGCAUGAUGGAACACACUCAUGUUUACACAGCUCCUGGACCACUGUAAGGUUUUUACCCCAGUGUGCAGUGAUUUGGGGUGAUGCCAGGUCUGACCUUAAUAAAGCGCUGGUUGUGUUAUAACACA